AUGCAGUGCUUGGAGGCUCAGAAGGGCAUGCACACCUCAGCGUACACCGGGCUGUUCGCGUCGUUGCGCACAUCCACGGCAGUCACACAAGCGCGAGCCACUGGCCGAGACAUGACAAGUUCGAGGCGGUCGCUUUUCAUCCAGGUAGAGAAGACGCCCAACCCCACCAGCAUGAUGUUCUUGCCUGGCAAGCCCGUGUUGGAGAGUGGCACGCAAGGCUUCCUGACGGCGCGCGAGAGCAUGGCCUCCCCGCUCGCAAAAGCCCUCUUCCAGAUCGAUGGGGUGCAGCAGGUUUUCUUCGGCACCAACUUUGUCACGGUGACCAAGACCGACACCUACCCCUGGGCGGUGCUGAAGCCCGACAUCUUUGCUGCCAUCACCGACUUCUACUCCUCUGGCAAGCCAGUGCUGCUCGAGGGCGGCGCUGUGGAGAACCUGGACAACGUCAUCAACGACGACGAUGACGAGGUGGUGGCCAUGAUCAAGGAGCUCCUGGAGACCCGCAUCCGCCCGGCGGUGCAGGAGGAUGGGGGGGAUGUCUCCUACAAGGGUUUCGACCCCGACUCUGGCAUCGUGACCCUGAAGAUGCUGGGCGCGUGCAGCGGCUGCCCCUCCUCCGCCAUCACGCUGAAGAACGGGAUUGAGAACAUGAUGUCGCACUACGUCCCGGAGGUGAAGGGGGUGGUGGAGGCGCCGGCAGACGAGUCGGAGCAAGCUGGGCUUGCCGCAUUCAACGAGCUGGAGAAGCACUUGUCCAACUGA